AUGGCCAUCUCCGCGUGGACCGAACAGGCCACUGCUUCAUUGCAGGAUCUUACCCUCUCGGACUCGACGACCGGCCGACAUGCCACAACCACCCAGCCCCCGUCCAGCUUGCUCGGAGCGACCGUCGCUCUCUCCAUUCCUCUCGACGACCAGCUCCCCGCGCCAGCACAACAAGUCAAGGUCCUCGGCCCGGCCGAGACUCGCCCCCAACCUCUCAAGCGCCGCGAGGCCUUGCUCAAGGGUAAAGAUGGAAGUCGGCGACGACAGCGCUGGGAAAAUGACCGUUUGCUGCACAACCCGUGGGCGGAGCCCCCAUCCCCGAAUGACUGGGAUAUCAAGCCUACAUAUCCCCGCCACGAUCCGAUGCCCUACUAUCUCGCGCCGCUGUGGGACGUUCACUACGCCAAAAUGGCCGACCAUCAGUCUGCUCGCAAGAACGCAAAGACCCCCAGCCCCAAACACCGUGUUCCCAAAGAGCUCCGACUGAAACUGAAGCACGCCCGUGCCGCGCGCGGCAUGCUCCAGGACCUGGAAGACGAGAUCCGGCUCUUUAUUUGUAAGUGGAACGAGAAGCAGCUGUACCUCCAGUCGGAGGGCCUGCAGGAUGCACCUGAAGUAUCGGCCAGCGAGGACUCAGAAGACGAGAUUGUCUUUGUCGGGCGGAACGGUCAAAUGCAUGACUCGCCGGAGCGGAAGCGAAAGCUCCAGCAGCUGCGGGACGAGAUGAGUUCACACCACGAGCGGGAUGGUGAGAAGAUGGUGUUUGAGAGUCUCGUCGAGGACCGGGCAGCCGGGUUUGGUCGUUGGCUAGUGCACUCUAUCGCCUCCUAUUACGGGCUUCAUACCUGGUCCGUCACUGUCGGGAACCCUGCCCGCCGAGAAGCCUAUGUUGGAUUCCGACCUCCCGCACCAGGGACCCGAGUUGGACUCAUCACCCAUCCCACCUGCCGUGCGGAGGAGUUGAUCAAGCCUGGCGAGGAGCUGCCCCAACCUCUUUAUGCACAGGUUUAA